CUCCAGAAUAUUCCUGCGCCAUCUACCAACACCCAGUUUACAGCUUUGCCGCCAUUGCGGUGAAAUUUUAGAAUUUAAGACAUAAUUUUUGGAAUGCUUAAAACGUAGCAUCAAGUUUGAAAAACGUGAAUGACGGUAAACUGAAGUAUUUUGUGACACAUAUUCGUUGUUAGGAUUUACUGGCGUUCAGUUGUUGGUGGUAACUACUUUACUUCUGCGCAACAACAUGUAAACCACGUGCAUGCGACCUCCGCGCGCUACUCUGAGCAGUCGUCACGUCAUUGGUGGAUUCUCGGAGAAGGUUCUGGAACUUGGUGCAAAAGCAGUCAAUAAAACCGCCAGCGGAGGAACCCAGCGCCGAUUUGGAAUCAGAACAGCGAAGAGUGUGCACGUGUGUUAUUUAUUGAAGUUGUGCCUGCAAUAUACGCUAACGAAAGAAAAUGGCUGUAAAAGCACCUGCAGUGGGAAUUGAUCUAGGUACCACCUACUCCUGUGUUGGAGUGUUCCAGCAUGGGAAAGUGGAAAUCAUCGCCAAUGAUCAAGGGAAUCGUACAACACCUAGCUACGUCGCAUUUACGGACACGGAGCGACUCAUUGGCGAUGCUGCUAAAAAUCAGGUGGCCAUGAACCCAAGUAACACUAUUUUUGAUGCAAAGCGUCUUAUUGGGCGCCGUUUCGACGACCAGGCUGUACAAAGCGAUAUGAAGCAUUGGCCUUUCAAAGUCAUAAAUGAUAGUGGCAAACCAAAGAUUCAGGUUCAGUACAAAGGCGAAACGAAGACUUUCUUCCCUGAGGAGGUUAGCUCAAUGGUCCUGACAAAAAUGAAGGAAACUGCAGAGGCGUACCUUGGAAAAAAUGUCAGCAAUGCUGUGAUUACGGUUCCUGCCUACUUCAAUGAUUCGCAAAGGCAAGCCACUAAGGAUGCGGGAGCCAUUGCGGGACUUAAUGUGCUGCGAAUUAUUAAUGAACCAACAGCGGCUGCAAUUGCCUAUGGUCUCGAUAAGAAGGGUCAUGGUGAAAGAAAUGUGCUUAUCUUUGACUUGGGUGGUGGUACAUUUGAUGUGUCAAUUCUGACAAUUGAAGAUGGUAUUUUUGAAGUGAAAGCCACAGCAGGAGACACUCAUUUAGGAGGUGAAGACUUUGAUAACCGCAUGGUUAACCAUUUUGUGCAAGAAUUUAAGAGGAAGUACAAAAAAGACCUUACUACCAACAAAAGAGCGCUGCGUAGGUUGAGAACUGCCUGUGAAAGAGCAAAACGUACACUAUCUUCGUCAACUCAAGCCAGCAUUGAAAUAGAUUCCCUCUACGAGGGUAUUGACUUUUAUACAUCUAUAACAAGAGCAAGGUUUGAAGAGCUCAAUGCUGACUUGUUCAGGUCAACUAUGGAACCUGUGGAGAAAGCACUCCGUGAUGCGAAGAUGGACAAGGCUCAAAUUCAUGACAUCGUGUUGGUUGGUGGGUCAACUCGUAUUCCAAAAGUACAAAAGUUGCUUCAAGACUUCUUCAAUGGCAAAGAACUGAACAAAUCAAUUAACCCAGAUGAGGCAGUUGCAUAUGGAGCAGCUGUACAAGCAGCAAUAUUGGCAGGUGACAAGUCUGAAGAAGUGCAGGACUUGCUACUGCUCGAUGUUACACCACUAUCACUUGGUAUAGAGACUGCAGGUGGUGUGAUGACAACUCUUAUCAAACGAAAUACCACCAUCCCAACAAAGCAAACCCAGACAUUCACAACAUAUUCAGACAACCAACCUGGUGUGCUCAUUCAGGUGUAUGAAGGUGAGCGUGCCAUGACAAAGGACAACAAUCUUCUGGGUAAAUUCGAAUUGACAGGAAUUCCACCUGCCCCACGAGGUGUGCCUCAAAUUGAAGUCACUUUCGAUAUUGAUGCUAAUGGUAUCUUGAAUGUAACUGCUGUGGAGAAAUCAACUGGCAAGGAGAACAAAAUCACAAUUACAAAUGACAAGGGCCGUUUGAGCAAGGAAGAAAUAGAGCGCAUGGUCAAUGAAGCUGAACGUUACCGCGCUGAAGACGAGAAGCAGAAGGCAACUAUUGCAGCGAAAAAUGGACUCGAGUCUUACUGCUUCAACAUGAAGUCUACUGUGGAAGACGAAAAGUUGAAAGACAAGAUCUCAGACUCAGACAAGCAAACUAUCUUGGACAAGUGCAAUGAAGUUAUCCGUUGGCUCGAUGCCAACCAGCUGGCUGAGAAGGAAGAAUUUGAGGAGAAGCAGAAGGAACUUGAGCAGAUCUGCAAUCCCAUCAUCACCAAAUUGUACCAGGGUGCAGGAGGAGCUCCUGGAGGAAUGCCUGGUGGUUUCCCUGGUGGAUUCCCAGGUGCUGGUGGAGCUGCUGCUGGUGGUGCAGGAGCUGGUGGUGCUGGGCCAACUAUUGAAGAGGUUGACUAAAUGUGAAAGUGUCAAAAGGUUAAUCUGUCCUGUCCAGUGCAGUUUUCAGUUCAAGCUUCAAGAUUUUUUGUUAACUUGAAGUGUGCAGCAACAUGUUACAGACAGAACUUCAAUAUAGCUCAAAAAUCUUGUUUCGUUACAAAUGUUUUCCAUUUCAAAUCCAUGUAAAUUGUUGUUUGGCUUUAAUUAAAGAGCUGUUCAGAAGAAAA